CCCAAAGCUCAGCACGAUGGGAACGCACAGAGAGGUGGUCGGAGGGUCGCGGAUACAUUCAAAGCGUUUUUUACUGUGGGAGGGCCUAAACGACUUGCGCCGCCACUGGAAGCCAGUGACCGUGUUGGAGAGACCAUCGUAUGGGAUAUGUAUAGUGGCGACGUUGGGCUUAAAUGCGGAUCUCUCGUGAAUUGGCCAAAUUGUGAGCACGAGGCCCCUCAGGGACAGGGCACUUUGGAUAGAUUUUUGACUGAAGCGCCACCGGACUCCGUCGUGCUCUCCAUACCAGGCGAGAAAGAGCUACUGGACAGCCAAACUGUCAUCGUCCUUUUGAAGUUUGAUCACAUAAAAAGAAAAGAGGAGGCAGAGUAUUUUUCACGGGAAUUCAGCUAUGUGCAAUUCGACGCCAAGAGGAACAAGUACUUUGCUCCCGAAAAACUCCAAAUAACAAGGGAAAAACAGGAAUGGCUUUCCGCAAGGGCAAAAGAUAUUGUGGUCUUCACAACAUCGAUGUCUGAAAGUAUAGCACUUCCACUAAUUCGAUUGAAACACCUUUUCUCUCAUUAUGAUACUCCCGUGAUUCAGGUUUUAAAUCCGGAUUUCUUAUGGCUCAAAAGAGGUGAAUCUAUUUCUCUUUGCCCUGACGGUCAUUUUGCUGUGACGAAACAGACGCCGGGAACCGAUAAUAUCUGCGAAAAUCACGAUGAACUGUCUCAUGAAGAUAUGCCGAUGGAUAUGGAGGAGAUGUAUGAACCACAUUUUGAAGCGGUUAUGGAUAGCGAUGUCGACUUAGUGUCAACUUCAGAUCAGGUAGCUGGACAUCCUUCACUUCAGGCUUUUUGCAGAACUUUUACUCGCAAGCAAGAUAAACAACAACUCACUUUGGAAAGAAUUUUGAAAGGGGAGGAACGACUGCAAGAAGGUGUCUGUACUCUAGAUGCAAGAAUGAAACAAGUACAGAAUGAAAUGAUCGUUCAAGAGGAACUGCGAAAAGCAGCUUCAAAGUACUCCACUCUACAACUAGAAAGCAAGUUUGGCCUGGAUGCAGACCAUGAACUUGAGAAGAAACUCGAGCAGCUGGAAAGCAUAGGCAUCAAAUUUACAGAGAAACACAAAAGUUGGCUUUUGAACUUGCCUUGGUUGCAAUUAAUCCUAGACACAUCAAAUUUGGCAAAUUCAUUUAUACGGUGCAAACUCUGCAACAGAGAAGCUAGGCCGAAAGAAGACGCUUUUUGGUUCCGCCAUUGCUCGACUAUUGAGCCCUGUCCCGAUGAGAAAUGUGUAAAUCUGAUGGGAGCAGGAAGUGUUUUGUGUAUCAAACGAGUAUCAAAUUAUUAUCGCGGCUGGGGUGCCGGUAUCGUUCGCGCCAUCGGGCGCCACCCCAAUUCCAAAGAGCACGGUGAGGGAUUAAAGAUUUUUCACAUGGCGGUUGGAGCUCAAGAGCAACAAAAUCAAGAACUUGCGGUAAAAGCCACCAUAACAGCAACAGUGGGAGCCUACACUAUAGCUAAGCAGGGUCUUCCUUUGACUUCGCAGUUUCCCCUAAUGAUGUUUGCACUGAGAGCGGGAGCGGUUGUUGGUAGUGCUCACUACGAAGCCACAACCGCGAAACGAAUGAUAAAAACUUUUGCAGUGCACAUUGAAUACGAACUGUUCAGUUAUCUGAUAGCAAAUGACCUCCCAUUUUCCAUACUAAUGGAUGGAUCAUCAUCCUCGAGAGGGACGAAGUGGAUGGCGUAUAUGAUUCGCACUAUAACUCCCUCAUUUGAACCAUACACUUUCCACUUUCUCAUCGCCGAAAUAUCGCGCGAAACAGGUCAGAUUAUAACGGACGUUCUACUCUCACAUCUUAACGACCUGGACUCUUGGGUUACAUCUCCCGGUCUCAGGAUCUCACCACAUGAACAUGCUAUGAAACGACUAGUUGCUAUCACCACUGAUGGAGCGGCUACGAUGACCGGUCGUGAUGAAGGUGUUUUCGGUAGGCUUCAAAGUUACAUCAAAUCGAGAAGCUCAUCUCCAGUAAGAACUGAACUGCUCUUAUCUGUGUGCGCUGCCCAUAAACUGAAUAUUGCAAUGAAAAACGCAAAACACAUUGCUUACACGCUUGCCAGAGCACUUAUAAUGGAGAUGCACACAAUUUUUGGGUCUCCACAGUCAUCAUCCGCAAGGCGACAUUACAAGGACACAGCACGUUUGAUGUCGUUUACGGAUCUACAGAUGGGCCAAUUUUUUGCAAUUCGAUGGUCGGACAGCUUCAGCAAAGGGCUAAGUAACAUUAUUCGUAUGUGGCCUGUAUUAAUCGAAAGCUUGGAUAAAGUGGACAGCGACAGGAGCAUUUCUGAAAAUCUACGUGUCAGGGCGAAAUGCGCUUCCUGGGUAAUGCGGGAUGGACGCGUAUUCCUUAUGAUGAAGCAUGUCUUAAAUGCUCUUCGCAAAGUCUCCUCUCUAUCGCUGUUCUUCCAAAAUACUGACAGUAUGGCCAUAGAUGCAAUAGAAGCUGCUCGUGGUGCUGCACAAUCGCUGUUAGACGGGUCACUGAAAAAUGAUCUACAUCAGGAACUGAUGGCAUACAAAUCUGUAAUAAAUGUUUAUGAUGGAAAACACCUAAAACGAGUGGACGAGUAUUUUCUGACGAAGUAUUAUGAAAAAUUAGAAGAUAGUCAAAAA